GAAGUGGCCGCAGUCGCCAUGGCAGCCGCCUGCGGGAGGCUGCUGCCGCGCAGGGCCGCCCCGGGGGUCGUGGGCCUCGCCGCCGCCCGACCCGACAGGUUUUUUUCUUCCUCGGGCUAUCGAAUUAGCAGCGAUGGAAAGCCAGCAAAAUUCCAGCCGCCUCCAAAGCCCGUCAUUAUUGCCAAGCAGAAGCAGAGAGAGGAGAGGAGGUUCUUGAGCCCUGAAUUUAUACCUCCCAGAGGAAGAAAAGACCCUUUAAAAUUUUUUAUAGAAAGAAAGGAUAUGAUACAGAGACGGAAAGUCUUCAACAUCCCAGAGUUCUAUGUUGGCAGCAUUCUGGCUGUUACCACUGCAGAUCCCUUUGCCAAUGACAAAAUCAAUCGCUUCGUGGGCAUCUGCAUCCAAAGAGGAGGGAAGGGGCUUGGUGCUACCUUUGUCCUUCGGAACGUCAUAGAAGACCAAGGUAUUGAAAUAUGUUAUGAGCUGUAUAAUCCUCGAAUCCAGGCAAUUGAGGUUCUGAAGCUGGAAAAGAGACUGGAUGAGAACCUGAUGUACCUCCGAGAUGCCCUCCCAGAGUACAGCACUGUGGAUGUGAACAUGAAACCUGUGGCUCGUUUAGAGCAUGAGGAAAUUCCUGUCAACACGCUGCAGGUACGAAUGAAACCUAAACCAUGGUCAAAACGGUGGGAAAGGCCCAAAUAUAAUAUCAAAGGAAUAAAAUUUGAGCUACCUGAAGAAAAGAUGAGAAAAGCACAGAAGUGGAGCCAGCCUUGGCUAGAGUUUGAUAUGCUGCGAGAAUAUGAUACUUCAAAAAUAGAGGAGAAAAUUUGGAAAGAAGUGAAUGAAGAACUUAAAAAAUAAAGGGCUUUGGAGUUGAGAGAUUACUGAGAAAAUAACUUAACUUUGAAUUUACUGUGUGGAGCAUCUUACCAAGUUUUGUAUGUAUAUAUAUAUAACCAAAAUACCCAAUAAAGUUAACCUCUCCAGAAAAUGUCAAAAUGCACAAA